AUGGCGCUGGCGGCGUUGGCGACUCUGGCGGCGGCGGUGCUGCUGCUCGCCUCCAGCUGCGACGCGGCGAUGUACAAGGUGGGCGGGCUGGACGCGUGGGCACCCCCACCAGCUUCCAAGCCGGACGUGUACGUGCAGUGGGGCAAGUCGCUCCCCUUCAAGCUCGGCGACUCGCUCUUCUUCCUCUACCCGCCGAGCCAGGACAGCGCGGUGCAGGUCACCGCCAAGGCCUUCGCCGCCUGCGACGUGUCCGACCCGGUGCUGGCGCUCGACGACGGCAACUCCGUCUUCAACCUCACCGCGCCGGGCCGGGCCUACUUCACCAGCGCCGCCGCCGGCCACUGCCGCAGGGGCCAGAAGCUGUCCGUCGACGUGCCCGCGGCCGACGGCAAGCUGCUGCCGCCCUCCGCCGACGACCAGGCCGCGCUCAAGGCCCUCGCGGCGCUCCCGCCCGCCGCCGCGCCCGUCGAGGCCCUGCCCUCGCUCUCCGACAACGGCGACGACGACUCUGCUGCCGGGACACGGGGGGUUGCCGGCGCCGGAUCCGCGGUGGCGCUCGCUGCCGCUGCUCUCGCUCUGUUCCUGUAG